AUGUUGAGACCUAUAGUCAACAAGAAUGAAGUAAUUUUGACUGACACCAAACAGUUCCUAACUGAAUUGUUCGAAUGUACAGAGGCUUUGUUUGUCCCCAGUGAGACAAUAUUGAUGGUCACAUUGGAUGUCAACUCCCUAUUCACUUGUAUCCCAAAUGAUCUAGGCAAAGAAAUGUUACGUGAAUAUUUGACACAAGAAGGAACAUAUACAGCCAGUAAGGUGGAACUUUUAUGUUUACUAAUGGAACAGGUACUAGUAAACAACACAAUGAUAUUUAACCAUAAUAUUUACAGUCAAAGAGAAGGAGUAGACAUGGGCACGUCCAGUGCGAACAGUUACGCUAACAUAGUGAUGGCUAACUGGGAAAAGAAAAAUGUGGUAGAUGGAAAAUGGCAACAGAUUAGAUUUUACAAACGCUUUAUAGAUGACCUCUUCCUGUUGUGGUUUCAGCUGAGCAAAAGCAGACGAUAUGAAAACAAGAACUACUACAGUGUCUGUGGAAAAUCAAAUUAUACAUGGGUUCAGGAAGCAUUAAACUACUAUGAAGAAAGAGAAAAAACAAAAAAGCAACCUGCUCUAGUUCAACAGAAUAACCCCAUGAAACAGGUAGGAAAACAAGCAGAGGACAAGGAACAUAAAUCCACAUCUCCAUCACCAGAUGUUAAUAAGAAAACACUCCAGAAUUCUGAGACUUCUGAGUCUGAUCUUUUGGCAGGAACUAUCACAAUGAAAACACCAGAAGACACAAUCAUUAAUAAGGAGAAUGCAAAAACAACAAAACAGUCUACUCCACCACAACAAAUUAACUCUACUACACAGAAACUAGUAAGAAAUCCAUCAGAGGACAAGGAACAUAAAUCAACAACUCCAUCACCAGAUGCAAAUAAACAAACACAUCAGAAUUCUGAGGCUCCUGAUUCUGAUUUUUUGACAAGAACUAUUACAAUGAAAACACCAGAGGAGACAAUCAUUAAUAAAGAAGAUGCUACAGAGCCAGCAUCAGGUAUGGUGAAUGUGACAUUUCCAUCUACUGAUCUACACUUGUCCUUUCGAACACUUCUGCAAACAAACACCGAGAGUGGCCUCAGAGCAAAUUCAUCUUCUGCUGUUGCUAGUACACCCAAUUUGACAUCAAAGAAAUGUGGAGCAGAGGAAUGUGUGACGCCUUCCACAGUGAGUUCUGCACAGCACACACAACACAGGAGAGAAGAACCUCCAGGUUUCAUUCCACCUCCAUCACUUGUCAAUAGAGAGCCAACAGAAUUUACUUCUUCUCUUCAUACAAGUACGCCUGCCAUCAUAUUCAACAACAGUAAUAAGGACACACAUGAAUAUCAAUCCCCUCAUAUCAAGACAACUUCAGCAGUGGUGACAACUAAAGCGGAAAACAAUAACUCACACAGCAUGCUACACCCAGGAAUGGACAGAACAGAUGCACGCAGAAACUCACCAGCUGAUGUAGUAAAGUCCACAUCAAAUGCCAUUACUUUAUCUUCUCAGCCUGUGUUUGCUACCCAUUCAAAUUCAAACACAGUUUCUGUGAAAGCGCUGACUGAUAACAUUAUACGGAGUCCUUUGGUGAACACAAACAAAUAUUCAGAUUUAGCACUGAUUAUAAUUAUCCCUUUGUGUAUUGUGACUGGAAGUGCUGUCCUGUGUUUAUUGCUCAGGAGGAAGCAAGCAUCAAUAAAAAAAAACAGAUGUUUGGACUACAUGAGUUACAACGUUGAUACAAGUGAGGUGAUUGAGAUGAUGCUUGAGUAGCAGAACACUCCAGAAUGCAAUGAUUUUAAAGGAAGGACAUAGAACCAGCCGCAUUGCCAUAGAGCCAGCUCCAUUGAAGAUGUAGAUGCACGCAACUUAUCAGCCACAUCUAGUCAAGUAACAAACGAGAUAGUCAACCUGCAAUAAAUCCUGUCUAUUUUCUUUGGACCUCUGUACCCCUGCUGAGCUAAAGCAAUCCCUCAGAGCCAUCCUUCUCAUUAAACUGUGUUAUUCUCCUAAAAAGAGUAUGUCUGAAUGGUUAUUUCUAGUCAUAUGUUUAGCUCAUGUCAUCUUUAGAUGGAAGGACAUAUAAUUAUAAAUAGUGCAUUCUUCCUUUCAUCUGGAGCUGGCAUAUUUCUGUAUGUGACUGUCAAGGGGUUUAUGUAGCUUUGUGUCAUGCUUAGUAAUGUAAUGUCAUGAAAGUCUAUGCCUACUUGUUCAACUGUUCUUCUGAAACAUUGCCCCAUAUAGGUAUUGAAAAAAUAUGAGUUCAUUUGGAAGAGGUCACAUUUUUGAGGGACUAGAAAACAUAUUUUGGGUAUAAUUAUCAAUUUGUCAAACCCAGUUACAGUCUUCUGUUGUAUUAUUAUAUGAGGAAAGAAGUUUAUUUCCCAUCAGAGUGUAGUAGUAAUCAUAUCAGUCAUCAAACUCUAAGCCUAGAAAACAUCUAAAAGGCAAUGGUCUUGGAAGUUAUCUUCCAGCAUUUGUAUUUGCUUCUUAUGUAUUUUGUUGUCUUUCCUUCAGAAUUUUUCCCAGAUCAGGUUUUAGGCAAGAUAAAGAAUCUAAGUAUCUUUCCUAUAAUGAUUUCUAUAUUAUCAUGGUAAUGUAUCACUUUGUAUUUUUUUUCUUGUAUAAAGCAGUAUUCAUUGACAUAUCAAGAUUUAAUUAAAAAGAUGCUUUUCAUAAUUAAAGCUAAUAACUCAUUUACUGCAGCAGACCUUAUUUGUUUUUGCUGUCACCUAUAACCUUUAUCCACUGUUAGAAAUUCUGUAAGUGUAAACAAAUUUGUAGUUGCAGUGAGAAAUAAUCAUUAUCGCCACAAAAGUAGAAACAUUUAUCUUGGUCUAUAGUAAAAAUGGUGAUGGAGUUCAAUAAUAGAUUUCAUGGUAAUGUGCCAAAUAGCCAGGUGGUACAGUUACACAGCGGAUAGUGUUGUCAUCUCACAACAAGAGGGUCCCUUGUUAGAUCCUUGGCUGGGAUGUCGUCUGCAUGUCUUCCCUCUGUUUGCAUGGGUUUCCCUUGGGUGCUCCAGUUUCCUCCUACACUCCAAAGACAUGCAUUAAGUGGAUUGGACACACCAACUUGGCCACAGAUGUGAGUGUGCGUGCUAGUGUGUAUUGUGGAACAAGGACUAUGGCACAGCUAGCCACCCAGUGGUGUAAACCUUGGCUCUAGAAAAAUGUCACUGGUGAAGUGAUACCCUGGCACCAUGUGCAAAAAUGGGAAAAAAGGUUGUGUUGGAUGGAUGGAUGUGCCAUAUAGUCUUGCACAAAUACAAAACUAGAUACAACAUGCAACUUUUCAAUGAUAUAAAAUAAUAGAAGAAAAAAAACAUUACAUCUAUGUGGCAGUGUGCUAAAUGAAAUAAAACACAAAUGUAUAGUGAUGAUGGUAAAUUGUUUCCUCACCCUAACAAUUAAGCAGAUUCAACUUCCUGAUAUAAGUGAGGAAUACAGUUAUGAGUUCUAAGGUUUUUUUUUCAUAGCAGUCCUGAUAUUGUACAACUGUGUAGUGGGAAUAUUGAAAUGGAUAUGUUUUAUAUUACAUAAAAAUAUAUAUAUUUUUCUCAAUCCUGCAGAUAUCUAUGAUGACAUAAUAAAGUAUUAAUAAAAUGACUGAAAGAAUUAAAAUUUUGCAACUCAAAUUUUGAUUAAUUCUUCUGGGAAAGCAUGGCUUGCUUUUAACUUUUUCAGGGUUGUGCAAUGUUCUGUAGAAUAUCAUGUCUCGCCAGAAAAUAUCCAAAUCUAGGUUGCUGAAAACUGUAUAUCUCUGUUUAUAGUACCUGUCAAUAGUAUAGCUACAUGUUUUAUCCAGGUAUUGUGUUAAAUAUCUGCAUGUUCCUACUUUGCUCAACCACCAUGUUCUCGGCAACAUUAUGAAUGAUGCACAAAAGAUGUUUUGAAAGAUACAAUAAAAAGAUGACAUUUAAAUUUGUGGAAUAUCCAGAUUUAUAGACUCAUAUUUUCUAUUAUUUAUUCCUGGUUACUGGAGUCAAAUCUGAAGGUUUGAUCUCAUUUUGAUAUUUUAAACUGACAAUUAGCUCACAUGACUCCAUGAAAUAUGUGAUGACACCAGUAACACAAUACUCUUUCAUUCUUAAUUUGGUUUGUGGAAUAUUUUAUCAUGUCUUCCUUUAACCAAGAUUACAAAGCAAACACCUAAAAAAUAAUCGAUUUCAGUAGACAAAGUACUACACUAUCCUAUAGUAUAAUAUAUAAUUUUUGAGGUCCUAAACCACACCACAAAAAUAAGAAAUGCAGAUGCUGAUGGUGAUUGGAAUAGAGUGUUUUUUUUUCCUAGGAGGAGGAUGCAAAAAUGGGCAAAUCCACAUUUUGUCUAAGAGAUGACAAUUGCUUUGUCAAUGGCUGCUAUGGCUGGUUGGCUGAGAUAGAAAAGAGGAGAUGUUUUUGGCCCACAUAAGGAGGGGGUUUAUUUUUGCUCUCACUUUCUGAGAAAAUGGAUGUUUAAAAUUGAGAAGGCCAUAAUCCUAGCUGUUGAAGGUGGAUGUCAUUUUGAUGAUAUGGUUGUGUACAUAAAAUAUAGUUAAAUAGUCAGGUGAUUCAUUUUAAAAAUGUGAGUAGCCCAGUGUAACUAAAAUUAAAUAUUCUGAUAGUACUUAAACUGUUUUACCUUUAGCAAACAUUAAAUGAAAAUACAUACUCAUUUUACUUUUUGACUAUUUAAAUAUUUAAAUAAAGGUUAUUUUACAGUAAAGUUUAUUCAUGGAUAAAUAGCUAAUUCCAGAUUUUGUGCAUUCCACUGUUUUUCAUUCUUGUUUACAAAAGGGGUACUGCUAUGAUGUCUCUUUUUUUAUUGAGGGGCUUUAAAAGCAAUAAAGAUCAUGGAAAAAUGAGUCAUCUUUAAAAGGAUAGCCAAAGGUUGUCAUACAACUGGUGAGAAAGACUGCAGCAACAUUUGAUUAUUAAUAACGUGCUGACAAGGAAAUCUCACCAAAAAAAAAAAUUGUCACUGUCCUUUUUAACAAGACUUCAAGGACACUGUUAUACACUUUGCCACAAAUGCUGUAGAUCUCAGAUUUAGUAAUGCCCAAAUUAAAACUGGUGUCAACUUACUAUAUCAAUAAAUGUUUCACCUGACAACAUUGGAAGAACAAACAAGCUGAGCAGCACCUUAUUUCAUAAAAAAUUAUGUUUAAAUGAUAAAAUUGUUGGACAGGAGAUUCAUUCUCACCAAAUUUAUACAUGUGGAUUGGUUCAAAGCCACUGUAUUUAUUUCAUUAAUCACAAUGUUUGACAGUUAUUUCAAUUUGUUGAUAUAUGAUAUUUUUAUUCUUUUUGAUGUAAAUCUUGACUGCACCAAAAUUUUAGGCAUUAAAAAUAUUAUUCAUGGCUAUUUUUGAUGAUACCCUUUCUGAAUAAAUGCCACUUUUUGGAGUGGCACAUUACUGAACAUUUCAUGCAAAUGCUGGUCAUCUGCCGACAGAACCUUCAUCUCAAAUGACCACAUGGCACACACAAAUCUUUGCACUGAAAGGAAAUCUAACAAUGGAUUAUACCAAAGGUGUUUAAUGUUCCACUGUCUUUCAGCUUAUGUGAUGUCUUAUUACAUUGCAAAAAUGAUGGCAAAUGUACAUAUAUAUAUCAGAAAUUAAGCAAAUAAAAAACAUGAUUUUUUUUUCUUCGCCAAGCUAA